CUUUUUUUUUAGCAUCUUGUGACGAUAUUUUUGGUAGAUGACCGGGUGAAAAGUGGGUAUAAAAACAUUAAGGACAUGCCAGUUUUUCCUAGGGUAGUUUUCUUCGUAUGUGAGACGCGCACAAACGCAUAGGAAAAAUCAAUAUGAGUUGAAAUGGUAAACUCUCUUCUUUAGCAUCAGGAAAUGCUAUUUCCUUCCCCUCAUCGCCCUUUUCUUCAUUAAUUUCUGUUGCAAGUUGCAUAAAGUAUUAUCAGAAAAUUGCACAUAUUUGUCCCUUUUCGAUUGGUAUUCCCUCUUUUAAACCAACCAAAUGGACUACAAUUCUCUCAAUUCCAAUCAAUUGUUCUAGUCACAUGAUUCGAACUCAUAAAUAGGACGCGCCAUUAACGGUUGAGAUCCCUGUUUCAACAGGAGCAUGACCUUGAUAUACCCAAUCAAAAGAUUUUUUUUUUGCAUAUUUUUUCCUCAUAAAAUAUCGAUUCUCUGAGAGUGCCGAGAACGAGAAAUUGAAAAAAAUAUUUUCAAACGUGAUCUUCUACACCCAGUGGAAAAAUUAAGUGUUGCGUAUUGCAGAUAAUAGAACUGUAAUAGCAAAUAAUUGCAAGUGCUUCAGAGUUGCUGGAGCGAGAAUUUUUUUUGCAAGCCGUUUUGGAGGAUAUAUAGAAAAAUAUUCACAUUAACUCUUGGCAGCAGGGAAGAUGAGACCACUUGUGUAUAUAAUGUGGAUACUGGGGGUGGUAAUUGGUACUCUCACCGUGGACACUGUGGCGGCAACCAAAAGUGUGCUUACAUUCAAGUUCAUCAGUGGCCAAGUGGGCCAACUCGUCACAUCCAGCACGCUAGUUUGGGAAACCUUCACGGGAGAACCCAAACAAAUGGAAUUCGCGGUCAAAGGGGGCAGAUACAUUCGAGAGGAAGACAGCUAUCCCAUCUACGUAUGCCGAGCCCUUAUCGAUGGCAUUUACACAAGUGGUCACACAACUAAACACCAGGAACGAACUGUGUGCACAGUGUCUCAACCAACAUCAACCAAAACCCAUCACGCAUUUGAUAUCCUCGUGAACAAGGGUAAUGGUGGUAAACUCACGUGGAGACCUUGGAGUAAAUUCAGCGGUGGAACUCCUACUGGAGCUGUUAGUGCCACCGGCGGACACGUAGAAGACCCCUAUGUGGCUCGACAUAUUUCAAAAGCUCAUUCAGACCCAAAGCAUGAACACCACCAUCUGAUAAUGGGACAGGAUUACGAUUUAGGUCGCUUUGAUCCUAAGGAACGUUUAGGGAAAGUUAUAGUGAAUCAAGGAGAUCGCGAAGUCGAAUACAAUGAUGGUGAAAUUUUAGUGGAGACUGAACCGGUACGUUAUGAAUUGCGUCAGAUAAAGAUGGAUAAGUUCAGGACGCAAAUACAACGAAAUACCACAGAAUUAGCCUCCACAGUAUUAGCCAACUUGGAAACUAUGUCAAACCUCGUUGAAACAGUCAUAACUUACGAUUACGAUCGAGUGGAAUAUUGGGGUACCCAUGAUGGAAUCGCAAGGGGUCUUGAGACAUCAGUUUAUGAGACAGGCAAAUUUCCAAGUGAGAUUAAUUGGGGAUUAAAAGUCACCGAAAAAGUCAUAGAGACAAAAACAGUGAGUACGAUUUUAAUGCCAGGGACAGCCCUAAAUGUUACAGUCCGAGGAAAUUAUACCAAAAUUGAGGGGCCCUACUCAGCCACCCUCGUAGCGUAUUAUGCAGAUAAUGACAAUGCAGUGUCUCGCACAAUUAGGGCAGUGUUGCAAAAGGCAGAGAUGAAAGAUGUUAAAGUUGAAUUUAGUCCGGUCUAUUGGAUCCACAAUCAAACAAUCGUCCCAACAACAACAACUACAACAACCAGCACAACAACAACUACUACGACAACAACAUCAGAAGCCACAACGGUGGCUCAAAGUUCAACCAAAGCAAUUCCGCGUCUCAUUGCCGAUGAGUUCGACAAUGAAGUUGCACCGGCAGACGAAAGUCGAGAUGUAAGUCAAAGCGGUGUAUUGCAGAUGAGCAAUAUCGAGGAUAGUACUCAAGGACGACAGGGAUCCACUUCGAGCACCAAUAAGGUAGAUUCAAUAGCAUCUGUGAUUGUAACUUUGCCACUUUUGAUUGUGGCAUUAGCUCUAUCAGACAGUGAUUAAACCUCAAAUUCAUGGCCGUUAUUCAAAGAAUGUUUGUUGAACACAACAACAUUAUACAUUUUAGGCUGAGUAAUAUAUAAAUUCCUUAUUAUUCAAAAGCCCCAAACUUUUACCCAAUGAUUUUUUUUUAUAAUACUGUAUUUAAUUAAUUCCUUAGUUUUCACGGACCAUGCUAUUAUUUUAAAAUGUACGCAAAAGUACAUUGGAGAGACUGGGGCAAAAAGUCACAAAACGGAUAUUUUCUUUUCAAGCUACUCGAGCGCUUCAAAAAUUUCUAAUUAGCGCAGUUUUAUAGGAAAUUUACCGUUCUACAACUUUGUGAAAGUAAUUUUACUCUAUUUUGUAAGGAAAUACGUUUAUCGGGCCGAUUUCUAAAAGGCAAUUUUGUGACCAUUCUCAAAAAUGCUGGGGCAAAUAGUACCAGACAUUGGGUAUUAUCAUAUUUUGAUUCCCUUCAUUACGAGCUUCCGUAAAAUUGAAAAAAUACCGAGAGGACAUAUUUUCAUAGAAAAUUUAUUCAUCUACACCUUUGUAAAAUACCGUUUUCUCUGCGAGAAAACCUUUUGUUACUUUUUACCCCAAGUGGCCAUUUUUAAUAAAAGAAUUUCUGGAGAAAAGAACUUUUGUGAAUUUCUAAAAUAGAUAGCAAAUUUGUAUUCAAAAAAUCCAAAUUAUUUAGAAAAUAUUCACCAGUGCAUCAAUUUUGGAAAAUAAGUAGGUAAUAAUUGUUAUCUUCUGCAAGGAAAAUAUUUCACAAAUAGGGCUAAAAAUUUCGAUAUUUUUUAUUUUCUAAAUUCCUUGUUAGAAUUCUAAGAAACUUACGACAUUGAAGAAGGUCUAUGGAGACUAUCUAUAGAAAAAAAUUUGAACCGCUAUGUUUUUUACCUUGGAAGAUAUUGAAUUUUAAAUUUUUCGAUUUGUGACUUUUUGCCCCAGUUUCCCGUACUGUCUAUUGCAAUUAAUAGAGUACUCUUACAAGUAACAAGUUGUUGUUCAUAAAAACCUAUUUAUGAUAAACUAUAAGAAUUUUUAUUGUUUAUCUUUAUUAUCUUUGUUUAAUUUUUCAUUUAUUUUUUCGCUUUCAAUUAUUCUUUUUUUUUAUAAAUUAGAUGGAUUAACUAUCUAAUAAAAUUAUUUGCAAUAAAAUUUACCGCGUACAUCGAGAACUAUUGGUCUGAAUUCUCACUUUGAAUUAUUUUAUUAUUUAGAAAAGAAAAUCUGAAAUUUAAUUUUAGUUUAUCACAUAUAGACCUAAUAAAUUCGAUUCAUUGUUUAUGCAUGCGCUAAAGAAAAUGUGUAUAAGAACUCAAAACCAAAAUGAAUCUCCUAUCAAAAACUAUUCCAUGCACUUGCAAAUACUAUAUACCAUUGAAACAUUCUUAGGAUAUUAAGGAAUGUUAAAUACUAUAUUGUACAGUAAUAGAUGUAAAAAUGUAUAUUUAUGAGUUCGUUUUUUAGAAACUCGCCUCAAUUUAUUUCAAAAGUUACUAUAAUAUCGUAGACUAUUAGAACGUUUCCUAUUUCUUUGGUACAAAAAUAAAAAGAAAUGAAUUCUCACAAUUAUUUAUUUCAAAUUAAUUAGGCUCAUUUAAAUGAUAAAUGCGCAUUCUUACCUGGAUUUAAAAAAAAUUAAGAGCCAUUUUAGUGAGAAAGAAAUCAAAACAUUCGAUAAAAUAAUUUAUUGAAAUUGAGAAAUUCAUGAAUUAAUAUGCAAAAUAUUUCGACCUUCUUACAACAUUCCAGUUGUCUAACUUUUCAAGAUAAUUUUCACUCUCAAUAAAGUUUAUUUGCAUGAAUAAAGAAAAUAAUUUCUAUAGGAUGAAAAUAAUUAGAAACUUUUCUUUUUUUUUAUUCUGCAAUAAAAGAUGAUAAAAUCUCCAUUGAUUUUCUUACAUUAGAACUUCUCUUGUGUUAAAAAAAAUCUCAAAACUUUCUCUCCCAAUUUGAACACAAGUUAAAGUGCAUUUCUUUCAUCCAACUUCAUAAAAAUUUUCUCACAUAACUUUCUGUAAAAUUUAUUAAAAUUUAUUCAUUGGGUUAAAUUAUUUGAAAAGAAAAAAAACAUUCCGAUUGGUAAAUCUCGAGGGAAAAUUUUCAUCGGAUAUUGAUAAAAUGCGUAAUUCGUAGUAAGAUGAAAUUUUCUUUUUAAGAAUUUUAAAUCUCAAGAACGAUAGAAAAAAAAAUCAAAUUAAAAAUCAACUUAUAAAUAAUAGAUUAGAUUGUCCAAUUUAUUUUUUCUAAAACAAAGAUUGAAGCAUUUUAGAAAAAGCGUGAGAUUAAAAAAGUAUAAAUUUCUGGAUGAACACUAGUACAAAAUAGAGCAAAAGUGUAAUAGUAACAACAAAGAUAAAAGUAUUGAGAAAAAAAAUUGUGAGAAACCAAGAGCUGUGCUUGUAGAAGAACAUCACUUUUACAAAUUUUUCAGUAGAUGAGAAAUGUAAGAAGUCAAAGGUAGGGAAAAUCAGAAGAAAUAUAUUUAUAGAAUAUAUAUAUGCCACAGAAUGGAUGUCUUUAAUAAACGACCAUUAAUUUAACUUCCAAUUUAAUCAGAUGAUUGAAUUUUGAAGUGCUUGCGAUUUCUUUUUCGACGGAAAUUGUAAUUUUUAAGAAGAGCUUUUAGUGUGUAAAGAAACUGAGCGUAAAAAAUAUUUUAUCUUUGGGGCUAACUGACUGUAAUUCAAACUUCGAUGAUUGAUUUAUUUUGAUUUCAUUUUAAAUCCAUCCUACUUUUCAAAAACAUUAUCUGUUUCAGCCCUCAAAAAAUUUAAUUAUAUUCUCAUAGAUCGGUUUCAAUUUUAUUAAGUCCUUUAACCACUUACUAAAUCUAUAUACCAGUAUAUUUUGUACACAAUGUAGGAAAUAUAUAUUACAAAUAAUAAUGAUACCAAAAGUCAUAAAUGCAUAAUGUGAAUGGAACAUAUCGACAAUUCUAUUCCAUACUAUUCUAUCUCAAAAUGACAACAUUUCAGGAAAAUGAAAAAGUCGGGAUAUUUAUAUCUUUCGUUUCUACCUAAAAACCAGUGAUAAGCCUAGAUCAGCUUAUAGAGGUGCGAUUCCUUCAUUGCAAAUUUGGAUUGUGGCAAACUCGAACGAUAUUUAUACAUAAAUAAUGCAAAUUUUGUUUAAUAAUUCUUAAACUGUAUGUAGCGUAUUAUCGUUAUUAAUACGGAAAAGUGAAUGAAAAUGCAUGAGAGUGUCUGAAAAACUUUAAAGUCGAUUAUCUCGGAAACUAUGAGAGAUAGAAGUCUCAACUUUACAUUCGUUGAGAACCCCUGUCAGCGACCCGAGAAAAUCGCGCCCGCGAAAAUCCGCGAAAAAAUACGCGAUCCGCGAAACUCCGCGAAAAAUUCGCGCCCCGCAAAAAUCAGCGAAAAAAUUCACGCCCAGCAAAAAAUGCACGAAAAAAUUCGCGCCCCGCGAAAAUUCGUAAAAAAAUAUGCGACCUGCGAAAAUCUGCGAAAAAUCUCACGCCACGCGAAAAUCCGUGAAAAAUUACGCGCCCAGCGAAACUCCACGAAAAAUUACGCGCCCCGAGAAAAUCCGCGAAAACAUUCGCGCCCCGCAAAAAUCAGUGAAAAAAUAUGAGCCCCGCGAAAAUCAGCGAAAAAAUUCACGCCCAGCGAAAAUGCACGAAAAAAUUCGCGCCCCGCGAAAAUUCGUAAAAAAUAUGCGACCCGCGAAAAAUCUCACGCCCCGCGAAAAUCCGUGAAAAAUUACGCGCCCAGCGAAUAUCCGCGAAAAAAUACGGGACCAGCGAAACUCCACAAAAAAUUACGCGCCCCGCGAAAAUCCGCAAAAAAAUUCGCGCCGGCGAAAAUCCUCGAAAAAGUUCGCGCCCCACGAAAAUUCGCGAAAAAAUACGCGCCCAGCGAAACUCCACGAAAAAUUACGCGCCCCGAGAAAAUCCGCGAAAACAUUCGCGCCCCGCAAAAAUCCGCAAAAAAAUUCGCGCAUCGCGAAGAUCCGCGAAAGACAUCGCAAAUCGUGAAUUGUAUAUGCCACCUUACAAAUCUUCGAAUAUAGACUUUAAAGUGAAAUAUCUCGAGAACCGUUCGACGAAUGUCUUAAUUUUUUUUUUUAAAUUGGUCUAAAUUCUCUGGACUGCAACAUAAACAUAAAAAAUUCAAAAUCGCAUGCUUAGAUUUCGAGAAAAACUACAAAACGUGAUUUUUAACCGGUUUAGAACCGGUUUUUCAGAAAACUAAUAGCAUAGAAAUCGUCGUACGCGCGCGUAGAUAUUUAAAAAAAAAAUAUGAAGAUAUCUCUAUCCAAAUUAGAGAUAUUGCGUACUACAGACGGCAGAACGGCCGGCCGGACCCGAAAUUGCCGGCUUAUGAUUUUCGGCAUCAGGCUUAUGAUUUUCGGCAUAUGUUCAAAACAUAUACCCUAUGACUUUCAGAUCGAUCGGAACACUUUGAGAAAAUCCGAAGAUUACAAUAGGUGUGAUCAGAAGGAAUCACACCUAAAUGAUUAAAAGGAAUCACACUUAAAAAAUUAAACAUCAGCGUUGUGUGAAUAUCUUUCUUAUGGCGUCCAAAUUUACAGCAAUUCAAGAGUUCGAUGUCGUCAAGAGUAAUAUUUAUCGCUCAGACCAAAACUA